CAUAGCCUGAGACUGUAUGAAACUACUAUGAGCACCGCCAAAUAUGCACCUACUUUCGCACCCUAUACCCCGCCCCCGGACGACCCGUCGCUCGAUGCGUCAUCCUCUAGACCAACUACACAGAGGGCGUGGUUCCCGUCGCAACAUGUAAUAUCAUAUCAGUCUGGUGGGCUACCCACAUUCAACACCUCGCAAGCCGGGGGUGCGGGGGCGACAGAGGUAGCGGAAGCCGAGUCUGGAGUGAGCGCAUGGGAGACGCGGUUCGGGAUGAGGGUCGACAUACUUGCUGCGGCUGCGUAUAUACUAGGACCCGUCUCCGCCCUGCUGAUCCUCGUCCUCGAGACACACAACGACUACGUCCGCUUUCACGCCUAUCAAUCCGCCCUUUUAACCGGCCCACUUGUCCUACUCCGAAUGCUCGUCUCGCUGCUGCGAUUCCCUCAGUUUUUACGGACAAUAUUCACAUUUAUCGUUGUGGUACCCUCGCUAUACAUGACGUGGCAAGCUUAUACGGGUGCCGCGCGUUACGGCCUGUCUCGCUUCCAGCUGCCUAUCGUCGGUGCAAUAGCUGACCGAUGGGUUACUGAAGAGUAAUGCUACGCUACUCACACGCAUCUAUUUGUACUAUGUUCAAGAAUGGAUCUCGGGUUUG